AUGCGCCCCAUCAUCACCACGGAUGCCGAGUACUUCGAACAUCAUCGGGCCAAUUUCCAUUCCUUCUCCAAGAGGCACGUUUUUUCUCCUCAUAAGAACCCUCCUACUGCAGUAGAGAAGAACUUCACUGAAGCAGAUGACAUUAAACGUCUCAUUUACAGCGAUUCACUACGUUUCAGUGCCGUACACAAGCGGUGCCGGCGGGAUUUCCCUGGCCACACAGAACUGAACAUUUCUGACAACAGUGCACCAAAGGAUCGCUGGGCAGUACCUUCAAUCAAUAGGCCUACAAUUGAAACGAAAACACUGACCAACUCUGGUGUCAACACAGACCCAUUAGGAUCCCUCGCAAACUUUUUGUCUGCAUCCGAUCGCAGUCGACACAGUUCUGCACAGUCAAGUACCUCUCCCCAUACACCAAUUGCCGCAGCAAAUGAUGCUCUGUCGUCUGACGCAAGCACCGGACAUGGGGGUGUUGGUCAACGCAACUUCGUUCUAAAUGCGGCCGAGCAGGCCGUCUCAUCGACCCCUUGCCGGGAGCCCAAUGAACGACGCGAUUUCGGGAGUCAAACUCACCACUCCACCGACACCUUGGUUAAAAAUCCCCCUCGAUCGAUCGCCACUACUUUGGGCCUACAAUCCUCGUCUGAGACGAACCAGUUGGAGUUCUUGACUGGGUCGCUUACUCAACUCUCCGAUAUGGAGUCGUUUCGUCGAUUUGCUGUUGACCGGUCCGAGGCUGCUGGCUUAGCCUAUUUGUUUCAGACCCAACAGGGCAGUCGCUGCCGCCAUGUAGCCGAUGUCGGCGUCGCCAUCAAGCCUCAACUGCAGUCAGUCGGUGUAAGUGUGGACCUUUGGAAUGCGCGAUCUAGUCCUCCUGCUCCUCCUCUACUUGAGGGCAUCUCGGCGGAUGUGGACGAAUGCACUCGGAUUGAACUUCCUUUCCGUGAGAAAUCCCCCAAGGGCAAAUCUGCUUCACCUCGCCCGAUCCCUUCGGAGCACUGGUUGUAUUCCGGCGAGAUGGGACCUGAUCAUGCCAAAGGCGACACUCGCAGUCGGUCGGACACCGUCUCAACCAGUAUACCCAGGGUAUACGAGGAAAAUGCGACUGCCACGUCUGACACUUCAAGAGCCCCCGUCCCCGAUCGAAGAUACUCUGGUUCGGAUGCCGAGUUUGUCUCGGACGAGCAUGAGCACACUGUUACUAGGAGCUUACUCACGAACAGAUCGAGAUCCGGCCGAAAUUUUCAGCACGCACCGAUCCGACCCCUCAUCCACUGUUUUUACGGUGGCGGAGGAAUGCGUGAUGCAAAUUCGGUCGCGAGACGACCUGUCUGCAAACCAUUGUGCGAGAAAAACAUGUGUAUGAGAGUGCAGUCGCGACGUCAAGCUUGUGAACUGAAUUACAGACAGAUGGGUACCACCCACACAUCGAAUGACCUGCAACCAGACUCUCCGACACCGGUCAAUACCCCGUCCCGUGUUGACUCAACCUGCACCGAUGCUGGUAUCAGUGUUCACUCAGUAACCGAAGCGGAUGACUUGACAGCGGCUACUUCUGCAGCUAGUGCUUCAGCUGCUGCCACUGAACCGGAGGAUGAGCUCACUAUUAGUGAAGUACAAUCGAAGGCUUCCGAUGAACACCGCCGUCCUACUGAAGAAUCAAAUCACGAAAGUUUUUGUCCCGCCUCAGGUGAUGACACCAAUAGACUGUUUACCUCUGAAUCCGCGUUGAACGUAACAUUAGCCAAAACCCCGAAGUACUCUGAAGAGACUCAUGAUGACAGGAGUACAGAAGAUGAUCUUGAAGAGACGAGCGGAAAAGAAUUCGGGUCCUCCGAUUCUCUUGAGUCCGAAUCGGUUAGGCUGCCUGAACUGAAACAAGCCUCGGAACAUUCCGAUAGUCCCACCGUGGUUGCCUCUUCUGAUGUCCUCCGGACCGCAGUGCGGUAUGCCGCUAUUGUAGAAGAUGACACUUCAGAGCCAAACGAGUCCGAUUUGUAUCGAGCUGCCGAACCUUGUUGCGUUCCGUCGAUGGAGCAGUUAAGUGAGAAUCUGGCCGCCAAAACUCUCGUACGUUCACCUACAGUCAGAAUUGGUUCCGUGAGCAACGUGGAAGACGUCCGCCCAGCCUCAGCCAUUGGUCAGUCCAAUGAACUCACGAAGGCGACGGAUUACAAGACUCCUCUCCUAACCAAAGCGGACCAGCAGAAAACUCUGUUCCGUCAAAACCUUGUUGAUGAUGUCACGAAUACACUGUUCUCUGAGAUUCUCUCCGGUGUAAUAGAUUCCGCGAUAUCCCAUAGUCGAGAUACGUUGGCGGUGCACGAGCACAAGCAUUUUGCUGAUCAUCCUAUCACAAUAACCACUGACGACAGCGGUAAAGCGUCAUCUGACGUUGUGUCCAGUCCGCGCCUUCAUCCGGCCUCCGCAGUUGCUUUCCCUCUAGACGAGGAGUUCCUUGUUGACAACGAUGAUACCACCUCGGACACCGUCUCAAUCGGCUCACUGUUCACAGCGGAACACCUUCGUGGACUAGUUCCUGAUAUUCCUUCUCGCACAGCGUAUCUGGUUCAUGAGGCUGUGGAGUACUUAUGGCGCGCAAGAUCUGAUGCAACUGAAAAGUUACAAGAAAGAGCCAUUGAAUCGGCCAUUUGCCAUCCGCCUGAAUCAUUCUCAUUCACUCAAACUGAUGAAGCCGAUCUCGAUUCCACCCUACACUCCACACCUGACCUCCGCUUCGUUAGCCGUCGAUUAAUCUUUGAUCUGAUAGCAGAGUUUGUACAACAGGUGUACUCUCAGGAGCCCAUUGGCUCCCACGGGUCCCCAUCCAUCGGGAAGUCCACGAAACCACGCGUGACCAGCGCUCAGUUCCGUCUGUGGAAGGGGCCGAACAGACCCGAAACAUUUGAUGCUUUACUGUGUUUGGUCCAGAAUCAUCUGCAUCAACAAUUGGGCUUACAAUCAUGCUUUUCAAACCCCCAAAAUCCCCGGGGACAUACCGAUUCGUCAAUUGAGCCUGUGGCCAACUUCCAUCUGGACAACCUAUCACGUUUGACUCAGUGGUCCCUUUCAAAAAAAUCCGCUUUUGAUCGCUUGUUGGAGCUGGAGUUACGUGCGGAGGAAUGCUCGUGGCUCGCCUAUGGCCCAAUUGAAAAACGACUAAAGAACGCGCUGGCUGAGGAAAUUUGGGACGAAAUGCUACAAGAGGCUGUCAGUUCAAUGGUGGAGAUCUCCCGGAAAUCAGCACCUCCUCCCUACCACUUAUCAGAUUAGCUUAGGUUUCAUUGAGUAGACUUGUUUUCCUGUCCCGGUGUUGUAAAUAGCCGAAUAGUAGAAGUCGUGCUUUAACGAGAAAUUACACCCACGAAUGGGAAUACGCUUUGUUUGUUUUUUUACACAGAUACAUGCUCUUGCGUGUAAACGUUUGUGGGUAAAAAUGCAGAACACUAGGGUUAACAAUGUUCUGCGAAGCCGCAUCAAUAUGUGUGCAGUUUAUAUCCCACAUGGCACAGUUGUUGCUCUGACCCUGGAUUUUCACGAACGCAUCCCUUCCAGAGCGCGGUGAUUUGAUACGGGCGGGACACACGCAAACUGUGAUAUGUGUUUCGUGUGGGCUCAUUAGGGCCACAAUUAUUUUCCCUCGCGUCGGACGCAACAUUUCGGCAUUUCAUGCGUUUUCCAAUAGCCUUUCACCUCAUCUGAUCUGUUAUUACCCUCGGAACAAUGAAUAUUACUCCCUCUCCCUGUACCAUUCUCCCUGUAUAUGUCCCUAUUUCCACACAUAGCCAAAAUACUGUCAAUAAAAAAUCC